AAGACACUAACCUAGCUUUGUAUUUGACCAGUUGUAUGCUAACGUGUUAGCAGGCUAAUUAGCCUGCGUACACCCCGAACGCUGCUUUUAGAGCCAAAGAAGAUCAUCACGACUAGAAACAGUUUUAAACAGCUGUAGUUGGUAGUGGAGAAGACACAAAAGUGAUAAUUUAACGUAAUGCGAUGUUCAUAUAUAUCAGCGUCGCGUAAGCUUUAACUGGGAAGCUUUGAACUGGAAAGCCAAAGUUUUGAGUCCACAGUCGAAUAUUGUAAAUGGAACGCCCCUUGAAGUCUGAUUUCCGAUAGACUGUACCUCAAUCCCAAGAUGGAUCCUCCGUGCAUCUACCGUAAUGACAACUGCUGAAUAUAGUAGUUAAUAGUACCUUUUCUUAUUAUUUUUGUAUCAUUAAAUCAGUACUACCUACAUUUCAGUCCAGCUUGUACUUGUACAUUAUUAACGUUAUUAACAACUGGUAUUUCUAAUGCGGGUUAACCUGGUAGAAAAAUCCAUCUUUAUUUUUCCGACGUGAGUAACCAGUGUCGAUUGCCCAGCAUGUAAGGUGAAAUGAACGCACCACAGCUGAACUCUGCCGCUAACCUUACAUGACGUGCCAGGAUCCGUUUGAGAGCACUGAGAAACAGUAAUGUUUAGGGGUGCAGAGAUCCUGACUUGGUCUUGUGCUAUAAGACCACUGUUGUUACUGAGAGAGCCCCACCUUGCUCCUUUCUCUAAACGCACUUGUGCUGGAUGGCAGGGUGCAACAGCAGCGAAAGAAAGGACUUAUGAACGUGUCCAUGGAAAUAAGGAGGGGUCAUCAUCGUCCACAGAGACUUUGUCCCAUUCAACGCAGCUGUCUUCAUUUAGCUUGGACUGUGAUAAUCAGCAAGCUUCAUUUGAAAACCCCCUACCUAAAGCCAUUUUGUCCAGCCAUCAUCACCCUCCUCAGGUUUCUGCCUCUGCUAAGGACAAACAAGUGUUUGACUCUCAGAAAUGCACUGUAACAGAGGAUUUAAAGCAAAACCUGAAAGUUAUGAACAUUUACCGGGACUGUUUAAUCAACACUACUUGCCACCAGGCCUGGCAAAGGUCUUGGGACAUUUGCCAACCGUCAUGCAUUUUCACCAAGAAGACUCAGUGUAACUUUCUUCAAAGGUUUUUAUGUCAUAGACAGCACUUGGCCAGAUCUCUCUGCUUGUUGACACAUCAGCCAUGGAUUUUGAACCACUGUCACAGUCAACCACAACCCUCCAGUAUCUCUUUUCCUCAAAGCAGAGCUGUUCAUCCAGCUGCCUCUCACUUGGCAGAUACAUGGAGAGACUGUCUGUCCCCAGGGAAUGAAAACAGGUGUCGACAGAGCCUGCUGCCCAACUCGAAGCUGUACGAGGCAGACAAAGAGAGAAAGGGUUCAAAGAGCCAGGUGAAAUGGGCAUCGGUCCUGGUUUCUCUUUGCUCUGCUGACGGAGACCCGGCCUUUCUCUUUACUCUGCGCUCCAGCACACUGAAGGGCAGACACAAGGGAGAUGUCAGCUUUGCAGGAGGAAAGAGUGAUCCGUCAGACAGAGAUGUGGUGGCCACAGCGUUGAGAGAAGCCAGAGAGGAGUUGGGCGUUAAUGUGGCUAAAGAGAGUGUCUGGGGCAUCCUAAAGCCUCUCAGGGACAUGUCGGGGAUGAUGAUAGCUCCUGUGCUGGCUAACCUCGGCCCCUUAGAGGAGUUGUCCUUCAAACCAAACCCUGAAGAGGUGGAGGAGAUUUUCACCCUGUCGUUGUCCCACUUGUGCAACCCUCAGAACCGUGGAUACACUCACUUCCGUGUCGGCGACAAAUACGGAUACACCCUCCCGGUGUUUCGGAACGGGAAGCAUCGAGUGUGGGGCCUGACAGCCGUCGCCCUGGACCAUACUCUGAAACUCGUUGUUCCUUCUUAGAAACUCAAUCAUGCUUGCAGUAUUACAGCACAUCUAUCAUUAUUGUGAUGCAAAGAUCUUGUAAUCAAUCUUUGUGUUGCAAAAUCCUAUCAGGAAUCAAUGUGAAUACAAAAUAUUUUCAUUCCCCCAUUCUCAUUUAUGACUGGGAGAAUCACACUCAGGAGAAGCAUUUUGCCACUUGUGCACUUUCUGAUUUUCAGGUGUUUUUUUUAUCGUU